CAGUUAGCUUAAGAAAAGGAUACUCUUCUGAAGUUAGGAAUGCCAUAGAAGGAUAAAGCCUAUUCCUUAGCAAAGACUAGAGAGUACAGUAUGUCCUACCUCUCCAGCGGCAUCGAAUCUGGAAGAAAUAGAGGCUUGGGACAAAUACUGACAGCUUUGCAAAAGUUACUGUAAAACUAUCAGUGACACUGUGACAGAUUAAACAGUUGAAGGUAUAGGCAAUUGAGGACAACACUUCCUGCUGUCCAAAGAUGGAAAACAACAUAACUACUAUAUCUCGUGAAGAGCUUGAAGAACUAAGAGAAGCAUUUGGCAAAAUAGACAUUGACAACAGUGGGUACGUCAGCGAUUAUGAACUUCAGGACCUGUUUAAAGAAGCAAGUCUGCCCUUGCCUGGUUACAAAGUCCGGGAGAUUGUAGAAAAAAUCAUUUUAGUGACAGAUAGCAACAAGGAUGGGAGAAUCAACUUCGAAGAAUUUGUCUCUAUAAUUCAGGAAUUGAAAAGUAAAGAUGUCAGCAAAUCUUUCCGAAAAUCAAUAAACAAAAAGCAAGGUAUUACAGCGAUUGGGGGAACAUCAGCAAUCUCUAGUGAGGGGACACAGCACUCUUAUUCGGAGGAAGAAAAAGUUGCUUUUGUUAAUUGGAUAAAUAAAGCUCUACAAGAUGACCCAGACUGUAAGCACCUCCUCCCCAUGAACCCAUCAGAUGCCAGUCUGUUUAAAUCCCUUGCAGAUGGCAUCCUUCUUUGCAAAAUGAUCAAUUUUUCACAACCAGAUACAAUUGAUGAAAGGGCUAUUAAUAAGAAAAAACUCACUCCUUUCACUAUUUCUGAAAACCUAAACCUGGCUCUGAACUCAGCAUCUGCCAUUGGCUGUACGGUUGUCAAUAUUGGAUCACAAGAUUUGCAAGAAGGGAAGCCACACUUGGUAUUAGGACUCCUAUGGCAGAUCAUUAAAGUUGGUCUUUUUGCUGAUAUUGAGCUCUCCAGAAAUGAAGCUCUUAUUGCCUUGCUAAAUGAAGGGGAAGAACUAGAUCAGUUGAUGAAGCUUUCCCCAGAAGACCUCUUGCUACGCUGGGUGAACUAUCAUCUGGCCAAUGCAGGGUGGCAGAAAAUCAAUAACUUCAGCCAAGACAUUAAGGAUUCAAGAGCGUACUACCAUCUGUUAAAUCAGAUUGCACCCAAAGGAGAUGACGUUGAUCAACUGCCCAUUAAAAUUGACUUUUCAGGAUUUCAUGAUAAAAAUGACUUGAGGAGAGCUGAAUACAUGCUCCAGCAGGCAGAUAAAUUGGGCUGCAGGCAGUUUGUAACUCCAGCUGAUGUGGUUGCAGGCAACCCUAAACUCAAUUUAGCUUUUGUUGCAAAUCUCUUUAACACCUAUCCAGCCCUACACAAGCCUGACAAUUCAUCUUAUGAUCUCAAUUUAUUAGAAGGAGAAAGUAAGGAAGAAAGGACUUUCAGAAACUGGAUGAAUUCACUGGGUGUAAGCCCAUAUGUUAACCAUUUAUACAGUGACCUUUCUGAUGCUUUAAUCAUCUUCCAACUGUAUGAUAUGACUCGUGUGCCGGUUGACUGGAACCAUGUCAACAAACCUCCUUACUCACUGCUCGGUGGGAAUAUGAAAAAGAUUGAGAAUUGCAAUUAUGCAGUGGAACUUGGGAAGGCAAAAGCCAAAUUCUCACUGGUUGGUAUUGCUGGACACGAUCUAAAUGAGGGUAAUCCAACUCUGACUUUGGCUUUGGUAUGGCAGCUGAUGAGAAGGUAUACUUUGAAUGUACUAUCAGACCUGGGAGAGGGGGAAAAAGUAAAUGAUGAAAUUAUUAUUAAGUGGGUGAAUCAGACACUUGCAAAAGCAGAUAAGAAAGCUUCAAUUACAAGUUUUAAGGACAAAUCCAUUAGCACUAGUUUACCUGUCCUAGAUUUAAUAGAUGCCAUUGCACCAAAAGCAGUUCGUCCAGAAAUGGUCAAGAGGGAAGACCUUUCUUACCAAGACAAAUUGAAUAAUGCCAAGUAUGCCAUUUCGGUUGCUCGAAAAAUUGGUGCUCGUAUUUAUGCUCUCCCAGAUGAUCUGGUUGAAGUGAAGCCAAAAAUGGUGAUGACAGUGUUUGCGUGUUUGAUGGGAAGAGGACUGAACAAAAUAAAAUAAUGAAGACACGUAAUAUAACUUUCUGCCACGUUAAACACGAUGAAUGCCUCGCAGUUUACAGAGUUCUGAAGCUUAGUAUGAAAUGAGAAAAAGUGUAUGCACAAAUACACUCCUCAAUUACCUUUUAAUAAUGUGUUUAUAUUAGUUAAUUUUAUUCCAUUUCAUAACACAUGGAUUAUUUAUGGCUAAUACUGUUUUCAGAACCCAUUCAUUACCAAAUUAACAUCAUAGAUUUGUAUUGCUUGGAAAAAAACCCACCAUAUUAAUCAAGCUUCAUUUGUAUUAGUUUUCAUAGCACUGUAAGAAUCUGCAUCGUUUUACAUAUGUUAUUUCAGGACCAAUUGUGAAACAUUGUUUGAUUUUUGUGGGUGUUACUUACAUGUAGUCAUACACGUUUCAAGGUGCAUUCCAAUCCUGUCCUGUUACUCCAAACUGCACAGAAGUUAUCAUCCUUGCCUUAUUCUUGGAGAGCUUCACUCCUGUUGGAGACAAUGAGAGUCUUGUCAUUGACUUCAGGGAGAGCAAGUGAAGGCCUAUGAUAAUGUCUGAAAACUAAUGAAUACUGAUUAAGCUGAUGAAACUUUUUUUGUGGGAAUAAUCUUUAAAAAAAUGUAGUAGUUUUGUUCUGCGGGAACUCUUACAGUCUGUGUCAUAUGAAAAAACCAGCAAUAGAAGGCAGAAAUGUCAUGUCAUCAUUAGGUCUGCAUAUGUAUUAAGUUUUGCAGUUGGACUAAACAUCUCUUGGUUGGUUUUUUUUAAUUUUUCAUAAAAUAUUGUAUCAAGAAAACAAUAAAGAGCUGGCUAGUCCAGUUUGGGGCUUCACGUUACUGUAUUGCAUUUCCUUACAGGUUACUCCUUUGAUUUUCCUAAAUUGUAUAUCUUGGGUGCAAAGGUUUUGUGUAGAAAGACUGGUGCAUUGUCUGGAUGAGAUGAAGUCCAUAACUAUUUUCUUAGUAGUUUUAAAAUAUGUAUUUGUACUCCUUUCUCUGCAGCUGUAAAUUUUCACUUGCUGGAGCUGGACAGUUAAUAAAGUUGUUACCAGAAGCCAAACAAUAAGACAACUAAAUUAA